UUCCAGAAUCAACAAACACAUAUAUAAAUAUAACUAAUUUGUUUAUGUCAUCUUAUAUUAAUAUUGUUCUACAAAGAAGAUGAGGAGUCGGAGCAAAAGUUGCAAUAUUCUCAAGUGGCUCGGUGGAGGAGAGCCAACAUGCAGAGUUUGGUGGUGCAUUCACUGGCCAUGAGGCAGCUUGGAAGGUUGAACCCCCGUCAUCUGCUGGCUGCUGGAUAUGGACUGAGGCAUACUGAAUGGUGUCCCAGGUCCAUCCAUACACGGCAGUUGUGGGGCUGCUCGGCGUUCCCGGCACUCAGCUGUCACAGGCACGCUCUCCGUGGCAGAGAUGCUGUCAGAAGUUGGUCCAUCCAACACCUGAGGUUCAAAAGCAAGAAGAAAAAAGGUGCUGCUAGAGCAACACAUGAAGGGGAGGAAGAUGAAGAUGAAAGGGACCACGAGGACAGCGAUUAUGAAGAUGAGGUGGACCCAGAUGUACCAAAAGACUAUAAAGACAUGGAGAAAUAUGUGCAGUCCCUCCGUUAUGAUGUCAUCAUGAAAGCUGGCCUGGACUUAGCGCGCAAUAAAAUUGAUGAUGCCUUCUACGACAGCAAGCUCAGACUAAAUGGACAGAAACUCAUCAAGAAAAGUAAAACGGUGAAAGUUGGGGACACAUUGGACGUGGUGCUGUUGGAGAAUGAAGAAACAAACACUGUCACUCUGAUGAGAGUCACCCUCAAAAGGGUGUUUGAGGAAACCAGUAACAAAGACAAGUACAAAGUUGCCUUAAGGCGAUGGAAACAUUUAGAGCUUUCUAAGGAUGAGGCCUUUAAGCCAUGAACUUGAAUAGGACAGUAUGGACUGUAAUACCAUUGGCCACUCAAGGCCGAAACAGAGAGAAUUGGAUGCCACUUAAAAGGUAUUUGUCUUAUUUAUCUGUAACAAGCUGGAUCUAGAAUGGAUUAUAAAUGUAUAAUGUAAAGGUUAACCGUUUUCAGUGGUUGUAGACAUUAAGCAGUUGUUUGGGAGAAAGAUGUCGAAUAUUUACCUUUCCCCAAUUUACUGUGAAACUCACAAUAAAGGUGCACUUUGAAGUUUUCAAACUUGGCAAUUAUGUUCUGAUGGUUUGGCUUAUGUACGAGCAUUUCUUGUAACUUUAUGAGUUUGCAUCUGACUCAUUAUUUGGGUAUAUUGUACUUUCCUCUCAUUUUCCCUUGUUAAUACCCGCUGAAUCCGUUUUAUCAAAGCAAAAAUAAAAAAUGUAUGUUGAGUAGAGCAGAAAUGAUUAAUCCAUAAGUUGGGGAG